AUGUCAUCACCUAAGACCAUCCGCUGGGGAAUCCUCGCGACAGGAGGCAUUGCCCUCACCUUCACGAGGGAUCUGCUUGUCGACCCAACAACCCGUGGUGUCAAAUCCGUCAAGCACACAGUCGUCGCCGCCGCAUCUUCAUCCUCGAAAUCGCGUGCUGAGGACUUUUUGAAGGAGGUCAGCGCACCCUCAGACGCGAAGGCCUACGGCUCCUACGAGGAGUUCGUCAAGGACCCAAACAUCGAUAUCGUCUAUGUCGCCACACCACACUCGCACCACUACCAGAAUGCUAGGCUCUGCCUCGAGGCUGGCAAGCACGUUUUGUGCGAGAAAGCAUUCACUGUCAACGCGCUUCAGGCACGCAAGCUGGUGGAGAUCGCAAAGGAGAAGAACCUCUUCCUGAUGGAGGCCGUAUGGACACGCUACUUCCCUCUCUCCAUCUACGUCCGCGAGCAGAUCACAUCUGGCCGCAUUGGCCCCGUUGCGCGCGUCAUCUCGGAUAACAGCAUGGCCCUGGACCCUGAGAACAACUUUGCAGAUGGCAAGAACCGCAUGGUCAACCCCGACCUUGCUGGUGGAGCACUGCUAGAUCUCGGUAUCUACGCGUUGACGUGGGUGUUCCAGACACUAUACCAUACUCAGCCCGAGAAGACACGCCAGCCCCCUAAGCUCCUUGCUUUCAUCAAGAAUUACGAGGCUACAGGAAACGCAGACGAGCACAGCACUAUGAUCCUCAACUUCCCGCGACCGAAAGAGGAGGGCGGUGAUGCACAUGCUGUUGCAACAACGUCACUUCGCGUCGCCACAAGCCCCGGCCAGAACCAAGAUACACCAUGUGUCCGUGUCCAGGGCCCCAAGGGCGAGAUCCAGGUCUUCCCUCCUUCGUUCCGUCCCACAAAGACCAAGGUUAUUCUCAGCGACGGUACUGUCGAGGAGAAGGACUGGCCGAUCCCCGGACCCGGUAAGGGCAGCAACUGGUACAAUGGCUUCGGUGGCUCACUGCAAUCAGAAGGUGAGGGCCAGGGCAUGUUCUGGGAGGCUGACGAGGCUGCUGAGGCGGUGCUCGAGGGCAGGAAGGAAGGCAAGUACGAAAACCUUGCUGAGAGCAUCUUAAUCAUGGAAGUCAUGGAUGAGGUCAGGAAGCAGGGCGGUCUUGAGUACCCGUCCAAGAUUGAGUCGACAGAUUAUCCUGUGCAGCUGUAG